CCGCCAAGCUUGUGCGGGGGAGAAGGACCCGGGCAGAGCACGGCGCGGCGGCUGAGUGAGGCAGCGAGUGGGGCCGGGCGCGAGGGGGGGGGGAGGCGGCGACGGCCGACCUGGAGGCGCUGAGAGGGCUCGCGCCGCGGCUCGCGGACUGGCCCUGGUGGGUUCCUGUCUCGGGGCCUCCUCACGAGCGGCGGGUGCGUGGCGCCGGCCCGGCCGAGAGGCGUCGUCGGCGCGCGGGGCCGGGCGGAGCGGCUGGCUGCCUGCCGCGCGGCUGGUGAGGGACCGUCGCCGUCUCGUCGCCUCAGCGCCGCUGUCUAGGCCCGGCCCGCGCUACCGCCUUCCCUCGCCCACUUCCUUCACCGCUGCCGGGCCUGCAGGAUGCUAAUUUUAAAGAUUCUGUGAAGAUGAAAAGGGAUAUCUUAUGGUUUUACGGAAUAUAAAGCAAUAUUAUCUGACAUGACGGCAAAAAAUGUUGGUGUGACUUCCACAAAUGGAGACUUGAAAGGAUUUAUAGAUCAGAACCAGAGUCCAACAAAAGGUAAUAUUUCAGUAAUCACAUUACCAGUUUCUAGCACCAACUCCCCAACUAAGAUUUUGCCAAAAACCUUAGGACCAAUCAAUGUGAAUGUUGGACCCCAAAUGAUCAUAAGCACAUCACAAAGACUGACCAAUUCAGGGAGUGUUCUGAUUGGGAGUCCAUAUAACCCAGCUCCAGCAAUGGUCACACAGACACACAUAACGGAAGCUUCUAGCUGGGGCCCAGGGGACAGAAAGCGGACUCGAGAAUUUAUAGAAUCAGAUUUUUCAGAAAGUAAGAGAAGCAAAAAAGGAGAUAAAAAUGGGAAGGGUCUGAGGCAUUUUUCAAUGAAAGUCUGUGAAAAAGUUCAACGUAAAGGAACAACAUCAUACAAUGAAGUUGCUGAUGAGCUGGUAUCAGAAUUCACAAAUUCUAACAACCAGCUAGCUACAGACUCACAGGCUUAUGAUCAGAAAAAUAUUAGACGGAGAGUUUACGAUGCCCUUAAUGUCCUGAUGGCAAUGAACAUAAUUUCAAAGGAGAAGAAGGAAAUCAGAUGGAUCGGCCUUCCUACCAACUCAGCUCAGGAAUGUCAGAAUCUAGAGAUAGAAAAACAGAAGCGGAUUGAAAGGAUAAAACAGAAGCGAGCCCAACUUCAAGAACUGCUGCUGCAGCAAAUAGCAUUCAAAAACUUGGUCCAAAGAAAUCAGCAAAACGAACAACAAAAUCAAGGCCCUCCAGCUUUGAACUCAACCAUACAGCUGCCUUUCUUAAUAGUCAACACGAGCAAAAGAACAGUUAUAGACUGCAGCAUAUCAAGUGAUAAAUUUGAAUACCUCUUUAAUUUCGAUAACACUUUUGAGAUUCAUGAUGACAGCGAGGUGCUGAAGAGAAUGGGAAUGUCCUUUGGGCUUGAGGCAGGCAAAUGCUCAGCUGAGGACCUAAGAGCUGCAAAAUCACUGGUGCCAAAAGCUUUAGAAGGCUACAUCACAGUCUUCAGACGUUUCUUACACUGCAAGAGUAGUGAACUGAAAGGCUCAUCACUGGUUUCUAGAACUCACAGUUACUUCCAUGGCUCUCAUGACAGCACUACUAAGUACAUCAGCUUCAAUUACUACUAGACAAGAAAAGCAAGUCAAGGUCUUUUAGUUAUUCACUGAAUAAACUUACUACAAUCAAGAUUAAAGUUCUCCCAUACUAGCUGACUCCAUGAACUCAACUGCUGUAGAAACCAGUCCUGUUCUAAUAUGUCUGAGUAGGUACAUCAUUUCCCAUACAAUGUUAGUUUGGCCUUCACCUGGUCAUCUUUUUUUCAGAUAAUUACUGACUUCCAAACACUAACAAUAGUUUGUAUUGUAAUGCUUGCUAAUAGGACUGGAGAAACAGUUGGAAGAAUCCAAGUCUAAACCAGCUCAAUGAAGGAAAUUUAAAAUUGACAAAACCACUUGGACUAUCUCAGCUUAAAAAAAAAAAAAAAGUAAAUCCUAGUUGCAUUAAACAUGCCAAAUAAUUUGCUUGGAACUGCUGAACAGAUGUUCUGUGCAUCAAAACCUUGUUAGUAUAUUUUCCUUGCCAGAGGAUAAUGUGUUUUAGCUAUUCUUCAAGUGCCCUAAUUUGAUAAAAGUCGCGUCUUCUAGGUUUUUCUAUAGGUUUCAUGAUCUUUUAGCAAAAAAGUGUUGGGUUUUUUAAACAUGUAUUUUAAGUACUACAUUGGUAUGAUCGCCAGGUGUCUGACUGCCCUUGAAAACAGCAGGAGCUAAGGCAUAUUAACACCAUAAAGAAAAAUAUUAUGUAUAUCGUAAAUGAUAUUUGUAAUACAUUGUUCUGUUGCUCAGUUGUCAUAAUUGAUGCAGACUUCUAAAACGGACACGAUUUGACCUUACUUUUUCUUGUUUCCCAAAAGGGAGCAAGAGUAGAGGAUACAUCAGCUUGAACCAUAACUUACAGUAAAAGUUAACAUUAAAGUGUUGCUUUAGCAACACAAAAUCCAGAAAAAGUGACGGACAUACAGCAGACUCCACUACAACCACAAUACUUGCCAAAUUCUUACUAUGGAAGGAGCAAUGUUAUUUCUAACAGGACAC